CACAGCGAAGGAAGCUUAUUCGCACCGCGCGUCCGAGGGUGGUCAGACGUCCACCAGAGUGUAAUUCGUCUCGGGAUUUCGGGAUUCGGUUUUCCUCAUUGGUCGGUUUUGGGAAGAGUUCUUUUUUUUUCUUUCGGGUUUGUUCAUCACGUGUGGGGACUUUGCUGUGGCGUCUUCUCCGGAAAGAUUGUGUCUCGGUCUUCUGGGUUCGGGGCUUCGUUUGCUGCUUCGUGCGUCUGAUCCCUUCCCAGACGGAGCAGAGGGCCAGGAGGCCGCAAACCACACCAACGCCCCCAAAACAACGCCAUGAAGGACUCCUACAACGUCAACGCCGAUGACGGAGGGGGUCAGAGGGGAGGGACGUACCCACCCCUCCCCUCCGCCGUCGCCCACAGACCCAGCUUAACGGGCAUGCAGAACGUGGCGUUCACCGGGGACGAUCACGGUUCGGGCGGUGGCGUGGGCGUGAGGCAGGAGCUAGGUCUUCAGCAGCGAGUCGACGUGAAGCAAAGAGAGUGGCGCAGAUGGUUGGCACCUUCGCGGCGGCCAUGGCACACCUGGGCAUUGGCACCAUCAUCGGCUUCUCCGGGGUCACGCUGCCGCAGCUGACCAACCAGGCAGAGAACACAUUCAGCCUCACAGAUUUCCAGGCGACGCUUUUUAGCAGCGUCAUCCACCUGGGCGCCACGCUGGGCUGCCUGGUGGGCGGCGUCCCGCACACCUUCAUCGGCCACCGGUGGUCGCUGCUGGUGGCGCUGCCGGGCUCCCUGGUGGCGUGGCUCGUCCUCUUCUUCUCGCGCGUCCCCUGGGUCCUCAUCCUCGCCCGCGGCGUGCUGGGCUUCACCAUGGGCGUGACGUGCUUCUCCGCGUCCAACUACGUGAAGGAAUUCGCGCACAAGGACCUGAAGCCGACCCUGCUGGUGGCGCUGGACGCGCUGCGCCAGAGCGGCUUCCUCUUGGUCUACGGCCUCGGCUACAAGGCGCUCCUGAGCUGGCGCUACGUCGCCAUCAUCUGCGGGACGCUGACGACGGUCGUGCCCUUCAUGGUCUUCGUGUUCCUGCCCAACGCGCCCCGCUGGCUCGUGCUGCGCGGCCGCAUGGACGAGGCGGAGCGCUCCCUGCAGUUCUACCGCGGCCGUGACUACGACUGCCGCAGCGAGCUCCUGCAGAUCCGCAACAAGCUGGCGCGGCGACGCGACUCCGUCACGAUGACCGACCAGCUGCGCAACAUGCGCGACCCCGUCCUGCUGCGCUUCGUGGUCAUCUUCGCCUUCCUGCACUUCGUGAGCCAGUUCACGGGCGAGGUCGUCAUCAGCGCCUACGUCGUGCCGCUGUUCGAGCUCGCCCACGCCUCCUCGCCGUACGCCGACGCCAUCAUCGUGGGCGCCAUGCGGGUGCUGGCCACGCUCGUCUACUUCCUGGGGGUGCAGCGCGUCGGCCGCAAGCGCCUGGUCAUCUCGUCGUUCCUGAUCUGCGGCUCCUCGCUGGCCGCGCUCGCCAUCUCCUUCUACGACCAGAGCCGCAACCUCAUCUUCAGCGACAACGAGGUCAUCCCCAUCAUCACCAUCGCCAUCUUCUCGUUCUUCUCCAACAUCGGGUUCCCGGUGCUCAACCUGGUGGACGUGGAGCUCCUCCCCGUCACGGCCAGGGCGACCGGCCUCGCCAUCCUCUACGGCACCUACUACUUCGGCGGCUUCAUCGCCACCAUCACCUACCCCACCAUGAUCGCCUCCAUCGGCCCCUCGUCCACCUUCUGGGUCUACUGCGUCUUCAACAUCAUCGUCGUCGUCAUCGACUACGCCGACCUGCCGGAGACGCGGGGGAAGACGUCGGAGGAGAUCAUCAGGAAGGAGCGGGAGGAGGACGUCUCCAAGAACGGCCCUCUGCCCGCCUACUAGGAGCGGGAAGGGGCUUCUGCGUUGUAAAUAGAGGACUUUCUAGUGUAGCGGUCGCUGAUUCACCUUCUGCCACCUGUGCCUUCGUUUACUUAAGCUUAACUGUACAGUAUUUCUGAAGUGAUUAACGUCCAUGUUCAUUAUAGGUUUAUUAUUCACAUGAACUCAUUUGCCAAUAAACAUUAUCAUCUAAUCGACUAUUGCUCAGCCAAAGAAGAGUGUGAUAUAAUCCGGAAUUUAGUGUCACUGAUGAAAAUGCAUAUACAUUUUAUUUACAGAGGAAGGAAAACAUGAACCUAAUACAAAAAAAAAAAAAAAAA